AUGUUCCUUUUGAUAUUAACGUGUCUCGUAGGCGCAGUGGUUAGUGAUCCGUCGAAAACUCAGUGCUGUUCUCAGAACACGGUUUUAGCUGACGGCGAAGCAUUCUGCGUGGAUAAAAAUGGGGACAAGACACCAGUAAAUAUAAACAAUUGUAAUUCAGUUGUACAGUUGACUGAUUACAAUUUCACAGUGAACGACGACGAUACAGCAUACAUUACUCUGAACGAUGAGAAUUAUCUCCAAGAAGUCGAUACAUUCUGUGUAGCCAACAAGACUACAAAUUAUUCGGGACCUGUUUUCGUGCUUUGUGCUUUCGAAGAGGAAGUAAUCAUAAGCGAAGACAUACUCGGUUAUUGUAUGAUUGUGUCCGCGGUUUUUCUCGCAUUGACGGCCGUCGUUUACAUUAUAUUGCCUAGUAUAAGGGACCUUCAAGGAAAGAGUAUAAUCUCUUUCUGUAUCAGCUUGACAAUCGGACUAAUGAUAUUGGGAAUCAUGAAAUUAACCUCAUACUCCGAUAUGAACUUAUGUGCCGUUAGAGGUUUUCUAGUCUACUUCUUCGUCACAGCGAGCUUCUUUUGGAUGAACGCGAUAUCUAUACAAAUUCUAUUUCGAAUCAAGAGACCCAACGUGCCAGACUAUAGUUGGCGGACAUUUAAAUGGUACGCAAUAUAUGCAUGGGGAACCCCCGCCCUUAUUACGAUAGCCAUGGUCAUAGUGAACUACCACCCUGGCAAACACCAGAAGCCGGGUAUCGGAUUGAACACGUGUUGGUUUUACAACAAUAGACAACAGUGGUAUUACAUGUACAGCGUUAUGACCGUCCUAAUCGCGGUUAACAUAUGUAUAUUCGUCUAUCUAUCUGUUAUUCUGUGGAGGCACACAUUUUUGUCAACACACGUGAAAGAACUCCGCUAUAAGUUCACGAUGACAUUGAGACUAUUUAUUAUUAUGGGAUUACCUUGGAUUUUCGAAAUGAUCAGCACGUUCUUCGAAAAACAUAUAGUCUGGGCGAUAUUAGAUCUAUUCAACUUGCUGCAAGGUCUGUUGGUCUUCAUAGUGCUUGUAGCACUCAGAAAGCGUGUGAUCAAAGCUCUAUAUAAGCAAGGACUCUUGGACUGCGUAUCCGGACCGGUCGAAAAGUUUCUGGCAGUUGGCGAAGACGACGAAGAUGUUAUUCAACAUACUAUCGAUGUGCCUUUAGAAGAUCAUAGAUAA